CUGCCGACGUGGUUCUUGCCCCUGGAAUUCGAGCCCAAACCGUUCGCUCGCAGGUCGAUUGGCACCGUACACCGCGGAGUCUGGGGCGACCAAACGGACGUGGCGAUCAAGUUCUUCCUGGUGGACGACGAAAUGCUGGACGAGCGUAUGCAGAGGCUGUUGGAGAAGGAGCUGGACGCAAUUACCGCGUUGAGUCACCCGAACGUGGUUAAGAUGUUUGGCGCCUCCCACAUCAGCUUACCGCCGUUUACUGUGUACGAAUUUGCAUCGAACGGGAGUCUCAGUGGAUUCCUUGCCCGAUCGGAUAGGAACAAGCAGCAAAUGUGGAGGCUUUUGUAUGAAGCAGCGUUGGGGUUGAGCCACAUUCAUGAGAGGAAUAUCGUCCACGGGAACCUCAAGCUCAGCAACAUUCUU